AUGGCGCCAUUGAAUGUCAUUAUAUUAUCAAAUGAGUUUGUGAGGCCAUCCUCUCCCACCAAUUAUCCUUUCAAAAAAUAUGAACUAUCCAUGCUGGAUCAAUUAAUGCCUAGUUUCUUCAUCCCCACAAUUCUCUAUUACCAUCACCAGUUCCAAACCACUUCCAUCGCACAACUUGAACUCAUCUCUUCCCGCCUUAGAGAAUCGCUCUCCCAAACCCUGACCAUGUUCUACCCUUUUGCAGGGAGGCUCAAUAGAGGCGACAACUCAAUAGACUGCAACGACAUGGGCGUUCGAUAUUUGGAGGCGAAAGUCGAUUCAAUGAUCAUGGAUGUGAUCGAGUGCCACGAAACAGAAAUGGUUGACCCGCUCAUACCCAACUUGAUGGGAAAUGGUGAAGAAGAAGAUGAGAUUUUCGCAAUCCAAGUUAACUACUUUAACUGCGGAGAUAUCGCAAUUGGCACCUAUGUCCCACAUAAGAUUGCAGACGGGGUCUCAUUUUUCUCAUUCAUGACAUCGUGGGCUACCAUAUGUCGCCAACAAGAUAACAUGAUUAAUAUCCUUAAGCCGAGCUUUCCCUCAUCAUCCCUCUUCCCGCCAAAGGAGAAACACCACUACAAUCCUCAAUCCGAAGACUGUAAAGAAACCCUUGUUACUAGGAGGUUUGUUUUUGACGCAAGUAAGAUAAGUUCAAUGAGAGCAAAGGCGAAAAUUGAUCAUGAUCAUCCCAUUCCAACCCGAGUGGAAGUAGUAUCGACUUUCAUAUGGAAGUACGCUACGGUCGAUAAGCCUGUCAAACAAUACAUCGCAUUUCAGGCGGUGAACCUAAGGAGCCGAAUGGUGCCUCCAUUGUCGGAGCAUGCAAUUGGGAAUCUCCUCGUGCUGGCAUAUGCAUAUUGCAGCUACGAAGACUCCAAUGAUUUAACAGUGAUGGGAAGGAAGGUGAGGGAAGGGAUCCAGAGAAUUGACGACGAGUACAUAAGGCCUAUUCAAGGGGAUGAAGGGUAUGCAGUGAUGAUGAAAAAUUGGAUGAAGAUAGAGGAGCUGUCAACAAGAGAGGAUGCCAAUAUCUUUAGAUUUAGCAGUUGGUGCAGGUUUCCUGUUUAUAAUGUUGAUUUUGGUAUGGGGAAGCCUGUUUGGGCGAGCAUAGGCAGAUUUAACAACAAGAACUGCGCUAUUUUGCUGGAUUCAAAAUGCGGAGACGGAAUAGAAGCGUGGGUUACUAUGAAUGAACAAGACAUGGCUCGUUUUCAGCUUGCUUUUGCAUCUGAAGCAGAUAAUGAUCAACUGUCUUCUUCUUCGUCCGUAGAGCAGGCGUCCAAGGUCGUUGUGAAGAUCUCAUCAGACGAUGAGACAUCUGAAGAGAAGUCAUCCUCCCAAAAGUCCAAACAUUCCUCUUCUUCAUCAUACAAGAAGUCUCUUCCUAAUAAAACCCUCAACUCUAUAGAUAUAUCAGAAUUUAUCAAGGAUUUGUGCGACGAAAUCGAAGGAACAGGCGGUGAAUCUCGGGAAAUGGUCAAUGUACUUCGAGUCUCAUCUCCUGAUAAAGAACUUGAGCAAUCAAAAUGGUCCCUAGAAAUGUUGUAA